AUGUAUCGUUCCUUAUUUCUUCGUGUUGUUAAUGCUGUUGAAAGUCAUGACAACUACUUUCAACAACGAAGAGACACAACAAACCGACUUGGAUUAUCAUCUCUUCAGAAAAUAACACUUGUGUUUUGGAUGCUAGCAUAUCGUGUACCAGUAGAUGCUGCAGACAAGUACAUCAAGAUAGGCGAGUCAACAACAAUAGAGAGCAUGAAAAGAUUUUGUCGAGCCAUAGUGGAGAUAUUUUCAGGACAGUACUUAUGGUCUCCUACACCGAAUGACGUUGCCAGGCUUCUCUACAUUGGUGAAAAACGAGGUUUUCCAGGAAUGCUUGGGAGCUUGGAUUGCAUGCAUUGGAAGUGGAAAAAUUGUCCUACAGCGUGGGCAGGACAAUAUGCAGGCCAUAGCGGAUCACCAACUAUUAUUCUUGAAGCCGUAGCAGAUUAUGAUUUUUGGAUAUUGCAUGCAUAUUUUGGUAUGCCAGGCACCAAUAAUGAUAUCAGUGUGUUGGAAUCUUCUCAUCUUUUCUCCAAUCUUGUUCAAGGUAUUGCUCCUCCUGCUCAGUACGUCAUUCAAGGAAAAUAA